AUGAAUGGCAUCAGCAAUAAAAAGAUUUUCAGUUGGACGGUCGAUCGACUCCCGCGAGACGCGGGACAGAAGAAAGCGUCUGGCGUCCCGUUCGGCGUGUUCGUGUCUCCGUUUGGAGAGAUGAAGAAGAGAAGGACGACAGAAACGACAACAACAGAAACAACAGAAACAUUAGGGAAGAAGAAGAGAGAAGCGGCGGGGAAAAUAGCCAGAUGUGAGAGCUGUUUCGGGUACGUCAACGCGUUUUGCAUGUUCGACGAGGACGGGUUUAAUUGCGCCUUGUGUGGGCACGAAACAAAGUGGAAGAACGAGAGAGAACGGGAACGGUAUAAGAGAGUGAGUCGAUACAUCAACGGAAGAAACGAGGACGACCCGAGAGCGAAGAAGUACCUCGAACGGUUGCCAGAGUUGAGAGAGGAGCACAACGAAUUUAUCGUGGCGGCGGAAAGGGUCAAGGCAAGAACGAGCACGAGUGGACCAACGAGGGUGAUUUUGAUCGACACGACGGAAGGUGGAAGCGCUUUGGAGAUUGCAAAGUCGUCCGCGAUGGCGGCUUUGGAAGCGGUGAGCGCAGAAAAUGGCGGACAGACGGACGCGACGUUUGCGAUUAUGACGUUCGACGGAGGUUUGACGGCGUACGAUGUCGUUGGACGAAACAAAGUAAGAGUGGACGAUAUCGAUGAGUUGAGGAGAGAUGAGGUGUUGAUGAGUUUCGAGAAAGUGAUGCAAAUGCGGAGAGUUUUCGCCAGGGUGGAUAAGUAUAAAGAGGACAUGUUAGCGGCGAUUGACUCGAUUAGUAGUAGUAAUAGCGGUGGUGAAAGUAAUACUGCCUUGAAUGGGUUGGGAGUGAAGAUGGCCAAGUUAUCGACCAGCGCAAACGGAGAGGUAGAAGAAGAUCCUGAAAACGGAUCAGCAACGAAAACAAACACUCGCGGAGAAACACUGACGGUGAGUAAAAGGUACCAAAAGAAGCGGGCGUUUGGUCCGGCGCUUUCGCUCGUCUUGGAUUUGCUCGGAGCCAUGGAGGAUGAGAUUACCGAAGAUGCGUUCAAGAUGAUGGAGAGUGAAGAUAUAAAUAUCAGAAACGGUGUAGAUGUACUUAAUUUGAACGGUAUGAACGACGAUGGAGAUGCUGUCGCGAUAGGAAAUGGCGACGACGAUUUUAACGAAUUUGAGGAGAACGAGAAAAAGAGAGAGGAGGAACCGUUUGAAUUCGACGGAGCGCGCGUGCUGUGCUUUUUAUCUGGAAUGCCAAACGCAGGUACUGGAAGCAUCUAUAGCGACAACGACGAGAUAAACACUCUACUGAACGAUUAUUUGAGUGAAAUGAGCGCAGAUUUGCGCGCGAAAGCGACGGAUGCGCUCUUCAUGAAAGAGAAGAAGGAGAGCGCGUCGAAGAGAAGGAACGAUGAUGAUACCAACGCUUUCUUCUUCUACGAACACUGCGGUAGACGCGCGAGCGUAAAUAACGUUUGCAUCGAUACAAUUCUGUGCUCAAAGCCGUCCGUUUUUUGUGGUUUACACGCGAUAUCUCCAAUCUCGAGCAUCUCUGGCGGCAUAGUUUUACGAAACGACGAGGAGAGCGAUGCUGGCGACAUCAGCAGCUUCUUACCGAGCGAAAUUUUCAAACUAUUACAGAACGUCGACGGGCGCACGGCGAGAGACUGUGCCAUUCGACUCCGCACUUCGUCCGAGUAUAUUGUCGCGAAUGCCUACGGCGACUCGUUCAGAGAAGAUAAGAAGUACAAGGGAUUAUACCACGUCGCUAGGAUGGAAAAAGCAGACGCGUUUGCGUUUGAUUUUGAUUUUUCAUCAAAAAUUGGUUUCGGCGACGAAGACGAUUUAUCCGUGGCAGAGAACAGUCCGCCUAUUUUACAAAUGGCGUUUGAAUACACAGUAACGGAGUACGACGACGCUUCAACGUCGUAUUACUGGCGAAGGCGCAUACGCAGAGUGUGCACCUGUGCCAAGAAAGUCGCGCGAACGCCGAGAGAAGUUCGCGACUUUGCGAAAGACGACGCCGUCUUUUCUUUGCUCUGCCGAAAGGUCUUCCACAUCAUGAAACUCGACGGAUUAUUCGAAUCGCGUUUGUUAGUCAUCGAUUGGCUCACGGCAUUGAUUUCAAAAUUGGCCAAAAUCAGCGGCGAUACGUACGUCGACGCUAAAUUUGAAAAGAAGCACAACAAAGAAGUCUUUUGUCGCUGCGCGAACGCCUUUUCGCCGACGCGACUGGUUUAUACUUUAUUAAUCUCUAAGAACUCGCCGUUGGUGUUAAUGGCGUACGACGGGAUGAAUAAUGAAAACCAGCCAGAUCUUAGGAGUUUGAACUUGUUCUUGUGCAAAGAUAGGUUAGUUGGAGCCGAUUUAAUUGACUUUCUUCUCAACGGGUGUGUUUGUGGUGGUAGUAAAAGUUCCACCGAUAGAAACGUCGAAGAGGCUCAGGACGAGAAAAAGAUGUACUACGGAUACGAAGGAUUUCUUUCCUUCGUCGAGAGGAUUAGCAGCGAAGAGUUUUUGAGUUUGUAG